AAACGACACGCGCAGAAAUUCCCCCGCCGAUACCACUUGCAGCAUGAAGAAGAGCGUCUUCCUUGCGUUCGCCGACGACUCGGACGAUGACACGGCCAUUAGCCAGCACUACAGCGCCAACGCAGACAAGGCCGCCAAGCAGACCAAGCAGAAGGAGAAGCUCAAGGCCAAGAAGCAAGAAGAGCUCACGCUUAAGAGCUUGGCCAUGUGUGCGACGUCCAAGAAGUCCAAGAAGAAGAAGAAAGGCGCGUCGACGAACCCGACGCCCGCAGACGACGAGCUCGCGGCGCCCGAGCCAGAGCCAGUUGUAGAGACGCCGGCGCCGCCGCCCAUGUCGUUUGCCGACAAGCUUCGUGAAGCGCAGAACAAGCCAAAGGCCCUGGUCGCCGCCGAGCCCAAGCCGCGCGCCGUCGUCGUUGAACUCAAGCCCAAGCCUGUCGUUGUUGAAAUGAAGCCCAAGGUCGUGUCCCAGCCGCCGCCCGAAGCCAAGCCCAAGCCUGUGGCGCAACCGCCUGCGACGAAGGCCAAGCCUGCGGUACAGCCCAAGGCCAAGCCGGCGGUUGUACCCGUCGUUGCCAAGCCGGCGCCGGUUGCGAGCCCCGAACCCAAGUCCAAACCGGCACCCGUCGCGAAAGCCACGCCUGCCGCCCCGACGCCUGCUGUCAAGCCGACGCCGGCUCCUGCUGUCAAGUCAGUCCAGACGCCGGUGGCCAAGGCGCCAGUGGCCAAGCCGACGCCGGCGGUCGAACAAAAGCCCACCAAGCAGCCUAUGGCCGAGCCCAAGCCAAAGGCAUCCCCCGUAGUCGAACAAACCAAGCAGAAAAAUGUGGCUCCUGUAGCGGAGCCCAAGCCCAAGGCCAAGACGGUCGCGUCGCCGGCGCCCGUCGUGCCACCUCCCACGCCUGUUGCGAACCAGCAGCGUACCUCACCGCGCAACGAGCUUCCGGCGCGUCCCUCGAACGGCUCGGCCACGCCGCCGCCGUCCUUGUCGCCGCCGGCCAUGCACAGCCCCAAGAUCAACUUGAACGCUGUCUCCUACCACCCGAAACACAUCACUGUCUUCAUUCCUGGCCAGGCAGAGACCGUCCUCGACGUUGAUGAAGUCAUGUCCCGGGCGCAGUACUUCAAGCAGACGGCCGAGUCGCUCAUGGCGGUCAACCGCAACGGCGAAAUGGAGAACGCGCAGUUGCGCGACCAUUUGCAGCGGUCGCUCCUCCGCAUGGAGCAGCUCGAGCACGAAAACCGUCUUCUACAGCAGCUCAACAUGACGCUCCAGACCGAGCUCGCGACGCUGCAUGGCCACCUCAAGCCGCAGCUGGGCAUGCGUCCGCCGGGGCUCUAAGCAUUCGUUAGGCACUAAGGCGCGUCCUUUGUUAUUUAGAUUUAGAACCUAACGAAUCCACGGCCCUAUCCCCAAACCUUGCGACAUGUCGUUGUGUUGCAAACCGUGUUUUAAACACUUUUUCG